GAAUGGGGCACCGUUACCGGUCGCUUUGUUGUCGAUGGCGACGUCAAGGCUUUGCCUCCGAUGAACGUGACCAAGGAUGCAGAGUUCUGCGGCCCUAACUUGCCAGACCCUUCGAUCGAAGUCGGUGCUGAUAACGGCUUGAAAAAUGUUGCGAUCUGGCUUUAUCUCGAUCGCGGCGCUAAAGCCCCUGAGGUUCAUCCUGAAUACGAAGCUGCUGCGAAAAAGCCUGUGGUGAUCGACAACAAGGCUUGUCUCUAUGCACCUCACAUUGCCACGGUAAUGGUCGGACAGCCUGUUGAAUUUAAGAAUUCGGAUCCGAUCCCCCACAACUUCAAAGUUGAAGGUUUCGCCAACGCCGGCAUGAAUAAUCUUGUCCCUGUUGGUGGUGUUUACGAGCACAAGUUUGAUAGCGAAGAGCGUUACCCGAUGAACGCCAGCUGCUCGAUCCAUCCUUGGAUGUCAGCCAAGAUUGUCGUUCGCGAAUUGCCUUACAUGGCAGUGACUGCAGAAGAUGGUUCGUUCGAGAUCAAGAACCUGCCGGUUGGCGAACACAAGCUGCAAAUCUGGCACGAAGUUCCUGGCACCAUCAAGGAAAUGACCGUUGGUGGUAAGAAGGUCAAGGAUCGUAAAGGCUUGCUCGAAAUCACCGUGAAAGCAGGCGACAACGACCUGGGUGAUAUCGCUGUCGACGGUGGCGACUUGAAGUAA